UGCAUCCCGCAGUCCCGCCGUCACGCGCACGUGCAUGAGCUCGCGUCGCCUCUGUAAGUCUCGGUGUCCCGCACAGCCCCGCGCAACACACGGCUGUCGUUUGCAGCUCGGGACGCAUCCUGCACCUUCUCCCUGCAGCAUGGCAACAGAGUUCCAUAACCUCCAGGAAAUGCAACACAGCACAUCACUUGCAACAAAGGUGUACAUUCAGAGGGACUACAGCGAAGGAACGGUGUGUCGAUUUCAAAACAAGUUCCCCUCUGAGCUCGACAACAGGAUCGAGAGAACUUUGCUUGAGGAGACGUUGAAGACCUUGAACGCCUACUAUGUGGAGGCUGAAAAAAUCGGAGGUCAGUCGUACCUGGAGGGAUGUCUGGCUUGUGCAACGGCUUAUAUCAUCUUCCUCUGCAUGGAGACACGCUACGAGAAGGUCUUGAAGAAGAUAUCUGGCUACAUCCAGGAGCAGAAUGAGAAGAUCUAUGCUCCCAGAGGUCUGCUGCUCACAGACCCCAUAGAGAGGGGGAUGAGGGUUCUAGAGAUCAGCGUGUUUGAAGACCGGGGCUCAGUGAGAACCAGUCCCAGCAGCAGCAUGUCAUCAUGCAGCAGCACUCGGUGACUGGAGGGGCAGCCUCAGGCGUAUGGGUACCACCACAGGGGCAGCGUGACACUCGCCAAUGUCCGCAUGCUGAAACAUGAGAGCACCAGGUUUUAGAACCAGAGUGGGAGGAAAACAGCAAGGAGGUGAUCCACAGCUCUCACACUCAGCCUGCUGGGGCCUUCAACAUACCAUCCUGGUAGAAAAAGAUGGCUUUUAUGGACGCUUGAGACGCAAGUGAAACAGAAUCCGUACACACACGUGAAACAGCCAAUUUUCAUCAGUUUCAUGUAUUUAGCUCACCAUUUCUUGUUUGUUUACAUCCUGUGUUUUCAUAAAUCAGCAUGUUUCAGCUCAGAUUGAACUAUACAGGAUGUUAUUGUGUUUUCAUGGGAGGUCAUUUAUCAGCGGGUUUAUUUGGUGUAUUCUGGCCUAUGGAGCAGCUCUGGGGAAAAAAGAGACAAUUUCCAGCCUCACAGGACACACAAUGCACUCUGUUCCUGCCAAAUGACUGCAUGUGUGUCAGGUGGUUGAGGUCAAGCUGGUCUGAUUGGUGACAAAUAGAGCCUACUGUGGAACUCCACUCUGUUCAAGUCCCUUGAAACAUUUAUUCUUAUUUGCUGUAGUUAAUUGAAGUAAACUGAGGCCCUGUCCACACGUAGCCGGGGAUCUGCCAAAACGUAGAUAUUUUUCUACGUUUUGGCCUGUCAUCCACACGAAAACGGAGUUUUUUCACACAAAAACGGAUCUUUUUAAAAACUCCGGCCAAAGUGAAGAUCUGCGUUUUCUCCGUUUUGGGUGUCUGCGUGUGGACAGACAAAACCGGAGUUUUAAGGUCUGCAACGUCACUUUCCGCAACAAAAAAUGCUGACAUCACGUGUGCGACCUGUGUUUACACUAGCCGACAGCAUGGAUGUCCUCAGAGCUGCGCUCGCUUUAUCAAUUGUCCAAGCGCUUUUUGCUUGUUUGUUUUUGCAAGCCGAAUUACUGCUCCUUGCAGAAGACCACAGACGAAGGACGAGGUUAAGAACGGGGGAAGUUCUGCCGCCUACAGGUCUGGCAUGUCCUUAACAACGUUUUUAUCUGGGUACGUGUGGAUAGAGUUUUUUUUUAAACGAGGUGGUGUGGAUGCAAGUUUUUGGAGGGUCGGAUAUUCGUUUUUUAAAAAACCCGGCUACGUGUGG